GGGGCUGGGGGCUAUGGGGCUGGAGGAUACGGGGGCUACGGGAUGAAUGGCAUGUACGGACCUGGGAUGGGCAUGUACGGACAACCACCACCAUUUGACCCGAACAGCCCGACCCUGACCCAGACACUCGAGUCCACGACCCAACAUACCUUUGCGCUCCUGCAUUCGAUAGUCCAGACCUUCUCGGGCGUCGCACAGAUGCUCGAGUCGACAUUCAUGGCGACACACUCCUCAUUCUUCGCGAUGGUCGGCGUUAUCGAUCAGUUCGGACAGCUAAGGAACGCACUUGGCAGCGUCCUCGGCCUCUUUGGUCUCGUACGAGGGAUGAAAGACCUUCUCACAGGACGACCAAGUGCCACUGCGCUCCGUGGCGAGUUCAAGGAGUUUAUUAACGGACGGCCUGUCCAGGGUCCAAACGGACCUCCUGCAGGCCCGAAACCGAGCAAAAAGCCACUCAUCAUCUUCUUGCUCGCCAUCUUUGGUGUUCCAUAUGCCAUGCACAAGCUCGUUCGCAUCCUUACGGAGAGGCAGCAGCAACAGCAGCAAGCGCAACUCGCGGCCGGCCCCGCUGGCCUCCCUCCACUUGACCCCUCACAGCUCACUUUCGCGCGGGCACUCUAUCCCUUCGAAGCAUCGUCUCCUGCGGAGCUAUCCCUCAAAGAAAACGAGAUUGUCGCGAUUAUGGGCAAGCUCGACCCUGCGACCGGCCAGGAGGUUGAUCCGCGACUUGAGGUCGAGAGCGAAUGGUGGAAAGGCCGGACAAGGGAAGGCCGGGAAGGCUGGUUCCCGAAGAAGUGGGUGCAGAUCCUCGAGCGACGAAAG